GCCCGGGUCGGUGUAGAAGACGGGUGCCCGCUGCUUGGCGUUAUUGCUUAUUCCAAUGUUACGUGGUGUGUCUGCGCCGUACUCUGUACUCUGGACUUGGACCACCCCAGCUACCUUGUUGUCUCCCGGGACCCUCUGUGCCUUUCCGUAUCCUCUCCCUCCCCCCUUCUCUCUUACUAGAGUUGUAGAAUCCUUGUUAAAGUGGCUUGAACCGGGUUGUGUUCCGAUAUGGCGUAAGAUCUCUCACGGCCAGCAGCCUCAUCGAUUCACAGAUCGUGCAUAUUUCAGGGUCAGGACAUCCGAUCGGACCGUGAACCACAGAUCGGAGAAAAGAGGCGUUGUCAGGUGUGCCACGGUAAGGUUGAGAGGUAUGCGGGAGGGGGAGUGAUGGUGGUGAAGAGAGGCUCAAAAGUGCCCUCCAGGAACAGCUAGGCCCUGCACCACGCCAUGUGAUUCAUUUAAAGCUGGCAAGGACGAGAUGAUUAAACAAUAUGUGUCUGUCU